AUGGCCGGACCUGAGUGGGAGUCGCUGGAGCAGUGCUUGGAGAAGCACCUGCAGCCCGCAGACUUGCGGGAGGUGAAACGCGUUCUCUAUGGCAAGGAGACCAGGAAGCUAGACCUGCCCAGCAGGGCUUUUGAAUUCGCCUCCGAAAGGGACUUUGAGCUGCAGGGCUACGCCUUCGAGGCCGCAGAGGAGCAGCUGAGGCGACCUCGGACCGUGCGUGUGGGGCUUGUUCAGAACAGAACUCCCCUGCCUGCAGACGCCCCUGUGGCGAAACAGAGCCUGGUGCCCAUGUUGGUGCCUCCAUGGGCCACCACCAUUGGUGGCCUCUUCAUCUUAGUUCCAGCCAUGCCCUUUGCUUUCUGUACAAGAGAGAAGCUUCCUUGGACGGAAUUUGCCGAGUCAGCAGAGGAUGGGCCCACCACCAGGUUCUGUCAGAAGCUGGCAAAGAAGCAUGACAUGGUGGUGGUGUCCCCCAUCCUGGAACGAGAUGGAGAACAUGGGGACGUUUUGUGGAACACAGCUGUGGUGAUCUCCAAUUCCGGAGCAGUCCUGGGCAAGACCAGGAAAAACCACAUCCCCAGAGUGGGCGAUUUCAAUGAGUCAACUUACUACAUGGAGGGAAACCUCGGCCACCCCGUGUUCCAGACGCAAUUUGGGAGGAUCGCGGUGAACAUUUGCUACGGGCGGCACCACCCCCUCAACUGGCUCAUGUACAGCAUCAACGGGGCCGAGAUCAUCUUCAACCCCUCGGCCACCAUCGGAGCACUCAGUGAGUCCAUGUGGCCAGUUGAGGCCCGGAACGCAGCCAUAGCCAAUCACUGCUUCACCUGCGCCAUCAAUCGCGUGGGCAAGGAGCACUUCCCGAAUGAGUUUACCUCCGGAGAUGGGAAGAAAGCUCACCAUGACUUUGGCUACUUCUAUGGCUCAAGCUACGUGGCAGCACCGGACAGUAGCCGCACUCCUGGGCUCUCCCGAAACCGAGAGGGACUGCUGGUUGCUGAGCUCAACCUCAACCUCUGUCGGCAAAUAAAUGACAUCUGGAACUUCAAAAUGACAGGCAGAUAUGAGAUGUACGCACGGGAGCUUGCGGAAGCUGUCAAACCCAACUACAGCCCCAAUAUCGUCAAAGAGUAG